UGUCGCCAUCGUUGGUGCCAGCAUGACCUGCGGUCCCCUUUGCAACGGUGGAUCAGCAACUCAGACUGUGAUCCACUACCAAGCUCGACCACACAUGGUGGUUACCACACAGCCCCAUGGCCCGGCCUUCUACAACGUUCCCUCUGGCCAGCCACAAAUUGCCUACCCAGCUCAGCAGGGGCAGUAUCCGCAGGCUCAAGCGCCCCCACCUGCUUACCCAGCCCAGCAGGUGCAGUAUCCGCAGGCUCAAGCGCCCCCAACCGCUAACCCAGCCCAGCACGUGCAGUAUCCGCAGACUCAAGCGCCCCCAACCGGUGAGCAACAGUACCAAGAACUCAUUAAAUAGGUCAUCGAUGACCUUUGACCUGAUGGAAUCAUCUAGGGCUUAAAACGGAAUUUAAGUUUUGGCUUGUUCAUGUAAACUUUAUAUGAAUGCACAUUAAGCUUUUAGCAGUCACGCGUCAAGAAAUAGGUUCGGAGGUAAAGCGAUAUGUUACUCUGGCUCCAUUUUAGAAUAUUUUUUUUCUCAAAUGAAAGUUAGAAUGUUGGAGAUGCUUAAUUUGAAUCAAGCAGUUAAUGAAAAAAAGUAUAAUAUAGGCCUAUUCAGAUAUUUACUCAAUAGCUGUUGUAACAUUAUGCAUAAUGUAUAUAUUAAAUAAACUAAAAAUGGGCCAUUCCCAAAAUCACAGCCUCGGCUGUAGACAUUCGGGGCAUGUUUUGCGUUUCUGACUAAAAUACUAGUUAGUUUUGUUGUAUUUAAUUGCUGCGUUUUCAAAGACGUCCAUCACUGAACGCCAAAGGCAGUGUCUUUCUGUUUGUUUUGUGCAUUCGAAAUUGCUCCGGAGCCAAAUUUAGCCUUAACCAACAGCAGGUUCACCGCUUUACAAAUAAAGGUGUGACCAAUAUAAGCUUUUAUAUAACCGACAUACAAAUCCUUGUCCUUUGAUUGGAGGAACUCCCAUCACGUGACAUUCGUUAUGGCCCCCAUUCACGCCCGGGCUCAAAAAGUAUACUAUCCGCCAAUGGGGAAUGGGAAAUACUAUUUCCAGUUCACUCGGCUUCGCCUCGUGAAAUGGAAAAGUCCAGAUUUUACCUUGCGAUAAUAUUUCUCCCAUUCCACGCUGAGCAUAACAGGGAGUCGUAUAAUUUAGAAAAUUGAGUUUAUGUUAAAUUGUUUGAGGUUCUAGAUAUGGAAUUUAUUGCCUUAGUUUUCAAAUUGGAAGGGGUUUCGGUGUUAUGUUUCACCUGGGGAAUCUGUAUGAUAAUGAAAUAUAAAAACAGCUCUCUGUACAACGCAUGACGAGCUGCUUCUCCGAAUUAGAUCCAUUCGUUGAUCAAGCUGGUAUUGAUGGAAUAGCCCACAUUAGCUUUCUUGCAUUCACAGCAAAAACAAA